CGUGUUUAGGAAAGAGUGUUUCCAGCUGUUACAAGUAGAUCAAAGUCACAAAGAAAUAUUUCCAAGUUUCUGGGUUUCUACAUAAAGAGAUUUUCAAGAAAAAUGGACAAGUUCGUGAUCCCUUUUGUUUUGCUUGCUGCUUCAGUGCUCUGCACAUUAACAUGGGCAGCUGAUUCGUGUGCUUCCGACACUGACUGCCCAGGUGGCUGCUGCAUUGAGACCAAAACCGGAAAAGUCUGCGAGAAGUUGGGGAAAAUGGGAGACAUCUGUGAUCUAGAGGGGAUGGGCCUGGCUAAGGACAAGUGCGGAUGCGAGCAGGGUAUGUCUUGUGUGAAACUCGACCUGUCAGACUGGGGACCGACUGUAGCAGCAGUCAACCCUAUCUUCGAGAAGUUCCACUACGGCAUUUGUGAUGUCCAGACAGCUCCAGUUGGCUGAACUGACCGCUAAAAACUAACAAUUAAUUGCUUAUAAUAAAGAGGACAUUAAAUACGGAUUUA